CCCCGACCUCAAAGUUUGCGGCGGGCGGGCGGGCGCGGAGCCUCCAAGAUGCCGUUCCACCCGGUGACGGCGGCGUUGAUGUACCGGGGCAUCUACACCGUGCCCAACCUGCUGUCGGAGCAGCGCCCCGUGGACAUUCCUGAGGACGAACUGGAGGAGAUCCGUGAGGCCUUCAAAGUCUUUGACCGCGAUGGCAAUGGCUUCAUCUCCAAGCAGGAGCUGGGCACAGCCAUGCGCUCCCUGGGCUACAUGCCCAAUGAGGUGGAGCUGGAAGUUAUCAUCCAGCGGCUGGACAUGGACGGCGACGGCCAAGUGGACUUUGAGGAGUUUGUGACUCUCCUGGGACCCAAGCUUUCUACCUCGGGGAUCCCAGAGAAGUUUCAUGGCACUGACUUUGACACUGUCUUCUGGAAGUGCGACAUGCAGAAGCUGACCGUGGACGAGCUGAAGCGGCUGCUGUACGACACCUUCUGUGAGCACCUGUCCAUGAAGGACAUCGAGAACAUCAUCAUGACGGAGGAGGAAAGCCACCUGGGCACAGCUGAGGAGUGCCCCGUGGACGUGGAGACCUGCUCCAACCAGCAGAUCCGCCAGACGUGCGUGCGCAAGAGUCUGAUCUGCGCCUUCGCCAUCGCCUUCAUCAUUAGCGUCAUGCUCAUCGCAGCCAACCAGGUGCUGCGCAGCGGCAUGAAGUAG